AACAGAAAAGAUAAGGAUUUCUCAAGCAAAAGGUCCCUCCGUUUUUUUUGGUGUCACUCCUAUUCAUUCUGAUCGGUUCCCAAACUGGUUUAGGGGGCACUAUGAUAAACUUCAGCUAGAAAGCUUUUAUCUUUCUGUUCUCAUUAGUGCCCUUCUGCUGUGCCUGAUUACAUUGAAGGGGACAGAAUGGAAAUCAGCACCACUCAAAAUUGUAUUAUGUGGUUCUUUAGGGAUAAAGGUUUUGAUGAUAAGAGUAUCCAUGAAAUGUUCAAAAAGUGCAGGCGUCUGGAGGGUUUGCAAAGAGAAAGGGCCUCUGAAAACUGGGCUUACUUGAAAAGCAUUGGCAUUCAAGAGAGAAAAUUACCUUCUGUUGUAUCAAAAUGUCCCAAAAUCCUUACUUUAGGUCUACAUGAGAAGCUUGUUCCCACUGUUGAAUGCCUUAAAACCCUUGGUACAAAGCCUCGUGAAGUUGCUUCUGCUAUUGCUAAAUUCCCUCACAUACUGUCCCAUAGUGUGGAAGAGAAGCUAUGUCCUCUUUUGGCUUUCUUUCAGGCGCUGGGUAUUCCUGAAAAGCAGCUCGGGAAGAUGAUUUUGCUCAACCCAAGGCUUAUCAGUUAUAGCAUAGAGACAAAGCUUGCUGAGAUUGUGGAAUUUCUUGCUAGUCUUGGCCUUGCCAGAGAUGGGAUGAUUGGCAAAGUUCUGGUAAAAAAUCCCUACAUUAUGGGUUAUAAUGUCAAUAAACGGCUGCGUCCAACUGCAGAGUUUCUGAAAUCAAUAGGUCUUACAGAGUUGGGUCUUCAGACAGUGGCAAUGAACUUCCCUGAAGUUUUGUGUAGGGAUGUGGAUAAGAUUCUAAGACCCAAUUUUUAUUAUCUACAAAGAUGUGGGUUCAAUGAUGGUCAAAUAGCAACUUUAGUGACUGGUUAUCCCCCUAUUCUUAUUAAGAGUAUCCAAAACUCUUUAGAGCCGAGAAUCAGGUUUUUGGUAGAGGUAAUGGGCAGACGGAUUGAUGAAGUUACCAAUUUUCCUUACUUUUUCCGGUAUGGUUUGAAGAAAAGAUUGGAGCAGCGGCACAGACUUUUGAAGCACCAGAAACUUGAUUGCAGCUUGAGUGAAAUGCUGGACUGUAAUCAGAAGAAGUUCCAAAUGAAGUUUGGUUUAGUUUGAAGUACAAGCUGAAGACCAAAGAGAUGUAGCUGAUUCAAGCAGCAGUUUUUAUGCUAAUCUUUUCACAUUUA